AUGAGUAUGUUGGCCGUGCGUAGCAGCUUCCGCACCCAGCGCAUGCGAUGGCUCCACACCGCCAAGACGACGCGCCGCAGCUUCUCCCAUGCGGCGCCCUUCCUGGACCACGCUCAUCGCCACAAACGACUCGGCCUUGGCCUCCUAAGCGGUCUUGUCUGCGUCGGCGUCGCGCUUCAGGCCAACGAGCGCAACAAGGCGUCUCUUCUCGAGGCGGUGCCGAGCGCGACCGAGGCGGCGCGACCGGACGCCAACUGGAAGCAGACGCUCGAGCGCGUCGUGCCUGCGAUCGUCUCACUAAAGCUCAACUCGCCCAAGUCGUUUGACACGGAAACACCGGGCAACGGAUGGGCCACGGGCUUUGUCGUCGACGCUGAGAAGGGCAUCAUCCUCACCAACCGCCACGUCGUCGGCGCGGGUCCUGUCGACGCGGAAGCCAUUUUCCAAAACAACGAAGAGGUGCGCGUCGUUCCCAUCUAUCGCGAUCCUGUCCACGACUUUGGCUUCUUCCGCUACGACCCCAAGGACGUCCGUCACAUGGCGGUGCCGUCGCUUCGGCUCUGCCCCGAAAAGGCGACCGUCGGCACCGACAUUCGCGUCGUCGGCAACGACGCGGCCGAGAAGCUCGCCAUCGCGUCGGGCACGCUCGCGCGUCUUGACCGCGAAUGCCCCAACUACGGCUUCAACACGUACAACGACUUCAACACGUUCUACUUCCAAGCUUCCUCCGGCACGAGCGGCGGCUCGUCCGGGUCGCCGGUGCUCAACGGCGACGGCGACGCGAUCGGGUUGAACGCCGGUGGCAAGAUGGGCACGUCGGCGUCAUACUACCUCCCGCUCGACCGGGUCAAGCGCGCGUUCGAGCUCCUCCAAGCCGGCGCCGACGUCCCGCGCGGCACGAUCCAAACUGUGUUUCAGCACAAGCCCUUUGACGAAGUGCGGCGGUUGGGGCUCCCGGCAGCGACCGAAGCGUCGGUGCGACAAGCGUUCCCGACGGCCAACGGCAUGCUCGUGGUCGCCGAAGUCCUCCCGAGCAGCCCGUGCGGCGACAAGCUGCAGCCCGGCGACGUGCUUUUGCGCGUGAACGGCCAGCUCCUGCACGAGUUUGUGCCGCUUGAAAGCGUGCUUGACGACGCUGUCGACGCUUCGGUCCGCCUCGAGCUGGACCGCGCCGGCGAGCUCAUCACGGUUGACGUGCCGGUCCAGGACCUCCACGCGAUCACACCGUCGCGGUUUUUGGACGUCGGCGGCGCGACGAUCAACCCGCUCUCGUACCAGCAGGCGCGCAACCACGUGCUCGCGCCGGGCGCGCCGUACGUGGCGGACCCAGGGUACUUUUUGCAGCGGUCGCGGAUUCCCAAAGGCGCUCUGUUGCUGUCUGUCAACGGGACGCCGACGCCGACCCUCGACGCGCUCAAGGACGUGCUCUUGCUCUGCCCGGACAAAGCCCGGCUGGUUGUCAAGUACAAGCAUUUGGCGAGCAAGGUCGAGAAGGUCGAGGUCGUGCACGUCGAUCGCCGCUGGUUUCCAUUCCAAGAGUACAUUCGCAACGAUACGACGGGCGCGUGGACUUGCACGAGCCUCGACGGCGCGCUGCCGCCGACGUCCGAGCCAGCGCCGGUUGGGUCGACGUCGAUUUUGCCCGGGAAAAACUUUAUUGAAGGGGCACUCGCGCCGUCGCUCGUCACGAUCGAGUACGACCGACCGUUUUCCAUCAACAGCCAAAACAUGGCCAACUACCGCGGCACCGGUCUCGUGCUCAGUGCGGAGAAGGGACUUGUUGUCGUCGACCGCAACACCGUCUCGGACCGCCUCGGAGAUGUCAUGGUGACGUUUGCGAACACGCUUGUCGUACCCGGGAAGGUCCGCUUUGUCCACCCGGUGCACAACUUUGCGAUCGUCCAGUACAACCCGGCCCUCAUUGGCGACACGCCCGUGCAGUCGGCGACCGUGUCGCGCACGCCGCUGCAGCCGUCCGACCCGGUCUGGCUCGUCGGGCUCAUGAGCGGCAUUGGCCGGAGCUCGUGGUCGGAGCUCGUGUCGCGCGAGACACUGGUCUCGAGCGUCAAGUGGAUCGCACUGCCGAUGCCCAACCCGCCGCGGUACCAGGAGCACAACCUCGAGAUGGUCGCGCUCCAGGACGUGGUCAACACGGAAGGCGGUGCGGUCUGCACGCCGUCGGGGGCUGUCUCUGCGUUUUGGGCGUCGUUUUCGUUUCAGCAGCAGCGCGGUCCGACCAAAGUCGAGUCGCAGUUUACGCGGGGCAUUCCCAUGGACAUCAUCUUGGACAGCGUCGCACCGCUGCUUCGCGGCGAGGCGUCGCCCAAGCUCUUUGACCUUGGCGUUGACUUCGAGCACAUUAGCCUCGCCAAAGGCCGUGAACUCGGCAUGGACGAAGCGACCGCGAAAGCGCUCGAGGGCCACGCGCCAGAGCGCCGCACCAUCUUGUCGGUCGGGCGUCGCUGGGGCGGCACGGACGCCUCGGCCCAGUUGCGCAACGGCGAUGUGCUCGUGGCUAUCGACGACCGCGUCGUCACGUCGUUCCGCGAAGUCGAGAUUGCGACGCAAAAGGAGUCGGUGCAAGCGACCAUCGUGCGUCAGGGCAAGCGCAUGGAGCUGACGCUCAAGACCGUCCACCUCGAGAGCUGGGAAGUCGACCGCAUCGUGUUUUGGCAAGGCCUUCUUCUCCAAGUGCCGCCGCUCUCGGUGGCGUCGCAGCGCGAAAUCUCGUCCCGCGACGGCGUCUACGUUUCGUGCCGGUAUGCGGGGUCGCCGGCCGCGCGGUACGGUCCGCCGCCCACGAGCCGCAUCUGCGAGCUCGACGGCGUCCCGAUCUCCAACCUCGACGACUUUGUGCGCGUCGUGACAGCGAAAUCAGCGACCGCCACUUCGAUCCGCGUCAAGUACAUGGAUCUCGGCGGCAAAAUGCACCUGACGACGCUCAAGCUCGAGCCGACGUUCUGGCCGACGAGCCAACUCUCGUACCGCGACGGCGACUGGCAGCGCCAGAGUUUGUGA